GCGCUGGAUGAUGAACUGGCUUUAGUGGAUCAGAUUGAAUGUGUGAUCUCAGCCUUAUCCUCUCAAGAUGCUAGUCGAAAGGCCGCCCAGUGCUUAAACAAUGCGCCCAAGCGUGACGGGUCGUAUGCCUUUCCAGAAUGCAAGAAGGAGAUGCCAAGCAAAGAGGAGAAGCAGAACUGCGGAAAUCACUUGAAUCCGCUGGACGAUCCGGACAUGGCAGGUACUGUGUCCUAUGUUGACAAGUACUACACCGGCCCCGAAGCCAACCCAGUCGGGUAUCCCCUGCCAGAGAUGGGGAAGGAUCCUGACCAUGCUCCUCCAGUGAAUGUGAAGGUGUGCGUUGCUCCUUGCUGCACUCACUCUGAGGCUGCAAACAAGACACGAGGCCUUCCACCAGCGGUAAACCACACCAAGUACAUCCCCAAGCCAGAGGCGGAAUGUGCAACGCCGAGCCGCCGCGGCGAAGAUGGCUACAUCGUGUAUGAAGGUUCGCUUUCGAUCGAUAACUUCAAUGUGCAUGCAUCCUGCGCUGAUAGCUACAAAGGUCAUGCAAUCAUCACUCCUUGCACCAAGAAGGGGGAGCCCUACAAGAUCGCUGGCUGUGUGCCAGAGGUUUGCACGGCACCAAGCCCUACCGAGCAGCAAGACUACAAGAUCACGGAGCAUACGUUGGAGCUGCCUUUCUUCAGCGUGACUGUGCAAUGCAAGGGCUUGGGCGAGGCCAAGGUGAUGCCGUGCAAGAAGGAUGGGGAGCCCUACGUGAUCUCUGGAUGCCUGCCCUACACCUGCAAAUCUCCCAAGAACAGCGUGGAGGAAGGCUACCAGGUGAUGGAAACCUCCAAGCGCUUGGACUCCUGGGAUGUCAAAGCAUCUUGCGCGAAGGGCUACGAGGGAACUGCCGAGGUGGUUGAAUGCCAGACGCCCCUGACGCCCUACAAGCUCUCUGGGUGCAAGCCUAUGAAAUGCACCAUGCCCUCUGCUGAGGAGCUCCGGGACUACGAGAUCACCGUAGUGGAUUUGCAGAUGCCCAGCUUCGCUGUGGCUGUGAAGUGCAAAGGAGUCGCAGAGGAGGGGACCGAGGCCAUGGUUGAGCCUUGCUUCCAGGGCGACCAGCCGUUCACUCUGAAGAACUGCAAGCCCAUGGCAUGUACCUCUCCGAGGGCCAGCAUGGAAGAUGGCUAUACAGUGUUCGAAUCCUCCAAACAGAUGCACGACUUCGACGUGAAAGCCAGCUGUGCUCAGGGCUACAAAGGCGCCGCGAAAGUGCAGAUCUGUACGGAGCCUGAAGGCCCCUACGAGCUCUCCGGCUGUGGCCCCAAGCGAUGUGUGGAGCCUGGGCCAAGGGCCUCGCGCGACUACGAGCUCAAGGUGAUUUCGCGAGAGAUCCCAAGCUUCAACGUGCAAGCGCAAUGCCGAGUUGGUGCCUCUGGUACUCCGAAGGUGAGUGUUUGCAGCAAGGAUGGAGGUCCCUUCACACUGGAAGGAUGUAAGCCUGAUGCUUGCCGGGCGAUAGUUUCUACAGAUUUCAACAGCGGAUACACAGUGUAUGAGAGGUCGCUGCUCCUUGAGAACUUCAAUGUAUCAGCAACCUGUGCUCCGAGCUACAAGGGCACACCAAUCGUGAGCAUGUGCAAGGAGAAAGACUUGCCAUAUACGAUCCACGGCUGCGAGCCGACCAAGUGUACCUUGCCAGAUGCAGACGCGGCUUAUGACUACGACUACACUGUUCGCAGCAUUGAGAAGCCAAGUUUCAAAGUGGAGGUCGUGUGCAAGAGUGGCAAGGGCCAAGGUCUGGCCGUGGAGUGCCACAAGGAUGAAACACCUUUCACCUUGACGGGCUGCGAGCCUAUCCCAUGUACCUCACCUGUUGAAAAGACAGGUCAUGGCUACAAAGUGCAUGAGACCUCCUUGAACCCAAAGAAGUUCGACGUGACUGCCGAAUGCGCAUCUGGUUAUCACGGCAAGCCGAAGGUGACUGGUUGCAGGAAGGGUGCUUUUCCCUACAACCUCACCGGCUGCAUCCCAAAGAUCUGCAGUGAGCCCACAGCAGACGUGAAGCACGCUUAUCAGGUGACGCAGCGCUCCCUGAGCAUACCAAGCUUCAAUGUGUCUGUGGGCUGCAUCGGCAAGCGCACAGGUCCGCCGAAAGCUAUGGUCUGUGAAGAUCAUGGAGAGCCAUACAAAUUGGAGGGCUGCGCCCCCUUGCUUUGUGAAUCUCCUAGUUCGAUGGUGGGCUACGACGUGGUGGAAAACUUGAAAGAGAUCCUCGGCUUCGACGUCACCGCUGAAUGCUCUUUUGGCUACACAGGUGUUGCAAAGGUUCAAGCAUGCAAAGCAGAUGGGGAACCCUAUGUCCUGUCUGGUUGCACUCCCAUUGUCUGUUCAGAGCCGCCGGAAGAGGAGAAGCGAGACUACGAGAUUACACUGCACUCCUUGGAGCGUCCCAGCUUUAGCAUUUCCACCCGCUGUAGAAGCGGUGUUGGCACCGGGCGGGCUGUGCCCUGCAAGCACCACGGGGACGCUUACCACCUCGUGGGAUGCAAACCGGCUUCCUGCACAUCACCCCGGUUGACCUUGGGAGAUGGCUAUGUGGUGUAUGAGACAUCCUUGACCUACCCCAACUUCCAAGUCAACGCCUCUUGCGCAGAUGGUUACACUGGCAAAGCGGUGGUGCGGAGGUGCAGGAGGGGUGGUGAACCGUACGAGGUCUCUGGCUGCUCAGCCCCGAAGUGCACAGAGCCUAAAUCAGUGCCGCAUAGAUAUACGUACAAGGUUUACUCCUUGGAGAAGCCCAGCUUCAGUGUGGCGGUUCGCUGUCGUGGACACAACUCAAGCAUCCCGAAGGCUGUGCCGUGUGAGAAAGAUGGGGAGCCCUUCAACCUCACGGGCUGCUUGCCAUUGGAGUGCACUUCCCCAAUGGCUGAUGUGACCACCGGAUAUGUGGUGCACGAGAAGUCUUUGUUCUCCAACUCCUUCGAUGUGCAAGCCAGCUGUGCCGAAGGUUAUACAGGUCAUCCUAAGGUGGAGAUCUGCAACGAGCCUGACAAGCCUUACGGCUUGUCAGGUUGUCGACCCAAGGUCUGUGUGCCUCCCAAAGAGAUUGAGGCUUACAGCUACAGUUUAACUGAGCGCUCGCUGGAGAUCCCCAGCUUCAGCGUCUCCGCCUCCUGCAAGACACAAGCCACUGGUCCAGUCCGGGCGGUGCCAUGCACCGAGGAUGGAGACUCCUAUACCCUUGAGGGCUGCCUCCCUGGCUUUUGCACCUCUCCUGCGAAGAAAGACAGCGAAGGAUUUGUCGUGUAUGAAGCUUACACACAAAUGGAUCGCUUCAGCGUCUCUGCGCGCUGCGGGCAAGACUACGACGGCACUGCAACAGUGACCAUUUGCAGUGAACCUGGAGAGCCCUACAAAUUGGGUGGAUGCCAUGUGGGGAAGUGCAUACAGCCCAGCAACAAGUAUCAAGAGGCGUACGAGCUCACAGUAUACUCCUUGGAGCGCCCCAGCUUCAGUGUCAGCGCCCAGUGCCGCUACGCCAACGCCAAGGGUCGUGCGCUGCCCUGCAGUGCUGAUGGCCAACCCUUUGAGCUCCAUGGGUGCCCCUUAGGUGAAUGCCUUUCGCCAGUGAAGACCUUGGAGGAUGGCUAUGUUGUGUAUGAGGCCUCCAAACGCCUGGACACCUUUAAUGUCUCGGCCUCCUGUGCUGCGGGCUACAGAGGCGUUGCUGCCGUGGAGGAGUGCCAUGGGAAUGCACAACCCUACACCCUGAGCGGCUGCAAACCGGAAAAGUGCUCCGAACCCAGCGACGCCGAGCAGGAGGCCUAUGAUCUCACCAUCUAUUCCCUGGAGAAGCCCAGCUUCAGUGUGGCAGCGAAGUGCAAAUUUGGCGGCCAAGGGAAGGCUGUGCCAUGCAAAAGCGAUGGUGCUACCUACACCUUGGAAGGCUGCAGUCUGGGAGUGUGUGCAUCUCCUAGGGCGGAAGCAGAAGAUGGCUAUGUGGUGUAUGAGGCCUCGAAAGCCUUGGACAGCUUCAAUGUCUCGGCCAAGUGUGCUGAAGGGUACAAAGGCAUGGCGGAGGUGCAGAAGUGUGCCAAGAGCGGCGAGGCCUACAGCAUCAGUGGCUGCACCCCAGAGUCAUGCAGCGAGCCUAGCGUGGCCGAGAAGGCAGCCUAUGACAUAACCGUCCACUCGUUGGAACGACCCAGCUUUAGCAUUUCCGUUGCCUGCAAGACGGGCGACGGCAGUGGCACAGUUGUUCCAUGCCCAGCCGAUGGAAUGCCCUACGAGCUGAAAGGCUGCGGGGUCACCAGUUGAGCGUUGAAGGACCACGGAUCGCAGCUAGGUGUGAGCCGUGGACAUGCACGGGCGAUCAGGUCCGCAAGCAUACUCUGAUUCUGUGAAGAGCCGCAGAAAAGGCCAUCAUGG